AUGACCAUCGAGAAGCUCCAAUUUGCUCUACCCGCAGUCUUCACCAUUGGCCCGGAUAACAAUAUCGAAGCCCUCAAGAAAUACGCUUUACUCCUCUCCGGCGAAGCUGAUGCCAGUGCCGGUAAACCGGCCACGAAACGUACAGAGGGCAACCAUGUGCAGGAUAUUGUCAAGGGCAUCAUUGAAGGCGAGACUCGUGUGAUUGUCUCCAGUAUGACGAUGGAAGAGAUUUUCAAAGAGAGACAAGUCUUCAAGCAACACGUCAUUGACAAUGUCCAGAAUGAGCUGGAUCAAUUUGGUCUGCGAAUGCAAGUUACGCCCCCCUACAAUGCCAACGUCAAAGAACUCCAGGAUGCGCCCGGAAGCGAGUACUUUUCUUAUCUCAGCAGGAAAGCGCACGAAGGCGCUCUCAAUCAGGCAAAGAUUGAUGUCGCUGAAGCUCGAAUGAGGGGUGAGAUUGGGGAAGCUGAGAAGAGGGGCAAGACCAAACAAGAAAUUUCCAAGAUCGAUGCAGAGACCGCAGUCUUGGAGACUAAACGUCGAAGCGAGAAGGCCCAGGCAGAUGCGCAGCUCACCAACCGUCAAACCGAGCUCGACAUGGACAUUCGAUUGAAGAAGAUCGCCGCACAACGCCAGUCUGAAAUGAAGGAUGCCGAGCUGCAAAAGCAAGUUGAGACAAAGCGCGCAGAGACCGAACUCGAGCGACUCCGAGCAACACAAGUCACCAAGAGCAAGGUUGCAAAGGAAUCAGCCCAGCAAGACGCUGAUGCUAGCUUCUAUUCCGAGACAAAAGAUGCGGAUGCGAAGCUCUACAAGAAUAAAAUGGAGGCUGAUGCCCAAUUUUACCGUGAAACGAAGGCGGCAGAAGCAGCAUUCGUCGCCAAGAAAAAGGAAGCAGAGGGUAUGGUGGAGAUGGCCAAGGCCUAUGGUGAAAUGGCCAACGCCUUUGGCGGACCACAAGGCCUCCUGCAGUAUAUGAUGAUUCAAAACAACACAUACGUCAAACUCGCAAACGCAAACGCGGGUGCUAUACAUGGCAUGGAACCAAAGAUUACCGUCUGGAAUACCGGUGCCGGCGACGGUUCGCAAGACACUACAGCUCCCAUCCGAAACAUCAUGCAAAGCUUGCCGCCGCUCUUUUCCACCAUCCAUGAACAAACCGGCAUUGCGCCGCCCAACUGGUUGGUUCAGAUGCCAAAUCAACAGCAGCAAGCAGCCUCGAAUGGAGCCCCCAACAAUGUCAAGACCAAGCCUCAACCGGCGAACUAA